AUGUUAUCCCUAUUGCAACGAAUAAAUCUCGAAUCUGCUGAAACUAAAUCCCCGGAAAUGGGAGAUUACGAACGAGGCAAGAAGAUAUUCAUGAAACGUUGCGCACAGUGCCAUGUGAUUGAUUCAAUAGCGUGUAAGAAUGGACCAACUCUUUCCGGAGUGAUCGGCCGAAAGUCCGGCUCGGUUGAGGGCUAUGAUCAUUCUGAAGCGAGCACGCAGAAGGGUGUAGUGUGGGGUCAUCAAACUCUGCUCGACUAUUUGCUAGAUCCAAGAAAGUAUAUUCCCGGCACAAAAAUGGUUUGCGUCGGUUUGAAGAAAGCACAAGAUCGUGAGGACCUGGUCGCUUAUAUCGAGAUUGAAUCCAAAAAGACUCCGAAGGAUGCCGGUCAGAAAUGGGUAAAACCACAAGGACAUCCUUUGCCAAAAUCUUAA